GCGAGCGGGGGAGGACGUAGCCAAGCAGCCUACCAACCUACCAGCCCUCCGCCCAGAAAUACGAUUUCAUCGUUAUUCGUAUGCAUUUCUGUUGUCUAAAACAGCGAGGACGUAUUCGUUUGCUGAACAUUAUCGAGCAUAAGAAAGUGGCACUUUUAUCAUAGAUAAUAUUAAUAAUAGAGGAAUAGUCAUAAUCUGACAAGAAGACAUGGCCACGACAACCUGUACGCGAUUUACAGACGAAUUUCAGCUCUACGAGGAACUUGGAAAGGGAGCCUUCUCAGUGGUACGUCGGUGUGUCAAGCUGUGCUCGGGCCAGGAGUACGCUGCCAAAAUAAUCAACACCAAAAAACUCAAUGCAAGAGCAGCCAAGAGUUUGCUAAACAAGAAGGCUGAUGUCAAGAAAAGGAAGUCCAGCGCCACAGUCCAGUACAUGCCCCAGACAAACAGCACGAAAAACAGCAUAGUCACCAGCCCCAAAGGAACCCUUCCUUCUCCUGCUCUGGAGUCGUCAGACAGCAGCAAUGCCACAGUGGAGGAUGAGGAUGUGAAAGGGAAGAGCGUAGAUAGCGUAAGAGGCCAGUCCAGCACCAGCUCCCUGAGCGACAACACCCCCGCCCAGGGCCCGUCCCCCGCCGUCUUCUCGGCCACCAAGUUCUCGGACCUGCUAGGUUGUGUGCGGCGCGGCUCAGGACCUCCGAUGGCCGACGGCGAGGGGGUUGCUGGGACGCCUCCGGCGGUACUCUCCACCCCUUCCCCGCCCCCUCCCGCCUCUGCCAUGCAGACACGCAAGCAGGAGAUUAUCAAGAUUACUGAGCAGCUGAUCGAAGCCAUCAACAAUGGAGAUUUCGAGGCCUAUGCGAAGAUCUGUGAUCCCGGACUGACCUCGUUCGAGCCAGAGGCACUGGGCAACCUGGUGGAGGGCAUGGACUUCCACCGGUUCUACUUUGAGAACCUGCUGGCUAAGAACAGUAAGCCCAUCCACACCACCAUCCUGAACCCACACGUGCACCUGAUUGGAGAGGACGCCGCCUGCAUCGCCUACAUCCGCCUGACGCAGUACGUGGACGGCCAGGGCCGGCCCCGCAGCAGCCAAUCAGAGGAGACCAGGGUGUGGCACCGCCGCGACGCCAAGUGGCAGAACGUCCACUUCCACUGCUCGGGGGCUCCUGCAGCACCGCUCCAGUGAAGGGCCAGAUCUCCUGUAGCCACAUCAGAGUGUCCAGUCCGAGAGAGUGAUGAAGAUGAGGAUGAAGGAGUGAUGAAGAGUCCAGUGUUGGGUGGUUCUGAGCCGUUAGUGCCUGGCCGUCCCGCACUGGGGGAAAACCCCCCUCCUUACCCAGCAUGCACUUGUCUUUACCACGUCUCAUGCCCCGAACCCCGCCCUGUCCCCCCUCCCAAUUGACUCCCCACUAACCCUGGCCUCAUCAGGCUGCCUCUUUGCCAGCCCCUCCCCACCCCCCGAAGUGCAUCAUCGCCGCCAUCAUCACCAUCACACCAACAUCAGACCAUCUUUGCCAAAACACAUCAAGCGUCUGUGACUCUCCCACCUGGUCCGACACCCGACCCAGCCUGCCAAAACUCAACUCAGUGGUCCGACCACAGCUACUGAAACACCAUCCACCUGUGCCAGGAAGGAACCCCCCCCCCCCACACAAACCCGCGGCCCGUCCUUGGACGUCCACCGGCAGCUGGAGGACAGGGCGCCUGGUGGCGCAGAGAUCCAGUGUUCCAGGCCUCAGUCUGUCAGCUGUGUCACGUUCCUGUGCGACUAGACCACCCUCGUGUGAAUAGGUCCAGACACUCACAUACAGUACACACACUCAUACUCACACAAGCACGCACACACGCGCACACACCCAGACACUUGAAACAUACAUCAUGUAAAGUUUGAUCUGUUCACUAUAAUUGUUAUUAUUAUUAUUAUUAUUAUUAUUAUCAUUAUUAUUAUUACUUCACGAUAGCAGAUGUAUAUGUAAUUGUACAAUUCAUAUUCUGGAUGCCUUUGGUAUAUAAUUGAAAACAAUAAGACAAAUCCUACUUUUUAGAUAGCAUGACUUUUUUCUGUAUCAGUGGUGGCUGUUUUUAUUGUGAUGAAGUGGACAAAAAAACAGUUAUUCUUUUUUUUAUAAUUUGUAUACGCUUCAGUAUGCCCUUGUCCAAUACUGAAUCCACUCACAUGUUCUGUACACACAGUCGUUUGCCGGGAGAGCUGUGUGUGCGUGUGCAUGCGUGCGUGCGUGCGUGUGCAUGCGUGUGUGCGUGCGUGCCUGUGUGGAUAAGAGAGAGUGAGAGAAAGAGGGAAAGAAUCAGUAACAGGCAGUAUAUUCAUAAAUGUGAAUGUUUUCAAUUUUCUCUUUCAAUCUGAACAGGCUACUUGGCUACAUGGGUGUUUAUCAUCUUCAGUUAUUGUUGUGAAGAACACACAUCUGACUUUGGCCUUCUGAAGUGUAACUUUAAUUAACAAUCCACUCUUGACUUCGUAGCCUAACAGUGAAUAGGUUUGGUCAGGAUAUUUUGAAAAUAGGCUUUAUUUUAAGACAGACUUUAUGUGAGAUCCCUCUAGACUGGCAUUUGGCAGUAGGUAUGCAUUACCUUAUUCUCCAUCAGACAGAGUCCAUUAUCCAAAUCCUUGUGCUGGUUGUUCAAGAAAAGAGGGGGAGCUUUGCAUCCUCACUCCAAAUCAGACCGUAUCACAGCACUGCAGACUACGACGGACCAGUCAGUUUAGAUCUCUGGUUCAGAGGGAAGCAACUUAGUAUAAACUAAGGGAAAAACCAGAAGAUGUAAAGGGAUAAAACUGAAGUGUGUGUGUGUAUGCGUGUGUAUGUGUGUGUGUGUGUGUUCAGAAGUGCAGUAUUCUCUUCAGGGUUGUGCGAUGCUGAAUGUCGGGGCUCUAUGUAGGAAGCGAUGUCACAAGUGUGAGGAUUUUAUCACAUGGUGCAUCAGUGCUCUUGUUUCUUAUGCCUGAGUGACUUCAUGUUUUAAGUUUUCCUCUUUUUUUCGUCUUUAAUAUCAUUCAUUUGUGGAAUAUCUACUUAUUGUCAUAACUAUGAUUAUUAUUACCAGCUUUGUGUGUGUGUGGGUAGGGAGGGGGUGUUUUUUUUUCUCUCUCUCUCUCUCUCUCUCUGAAGCAGAUAUAGCUUUUUUGUUCAGUUGUUUUGAGAUUGUGUCAGGUGAAGCAAAGGACACGAGAGGGCCUCACUGCUCCACGUUGAUCCCACAUGAGGGAGGAGCGAUGUGUCGUUGUAGGAGUGCUUGCUUUUGGAAAGCAGCUUCGGAGGCUCUGUUUGGUCUGAGGGCGCGUAUUGCCUUCUUUACCCUGGUCCACACAAGAAGGGCGAGAGGGCAAGGCGUUCUUGUUGGAGGAGUGCUCUCAGCUGGAGAGCAGCUUUUUCAGGGCCCUUUUGGUUGAGGGCGCGCGUUGCCUGCCGAUGAAGAGAUGCGUGAUGUGUGUGCCAGAUGGAAGGUGCUGCAGGGUCAGGGCUGUGCUCGCGCUCUCCUGUCUCUGGGACCGCUGCUCUUUAUCCUGCAGCCUGCAGCCCAGAAGGAGACAUGCAGAUAGUUUUGGGCUAAGGGGACGCCCCAAGGGUUUUUUUUUUCUUUUUUUGUAAGCGAGUUCCCUCCAAGAACGCUCUCUGUGUUUUAGGGGAACAUGUAGGUAAACAAGGGACACCCCCACCCCAUAAGAAGAAAGAUAAAGAAAGAUAUUUAUGAGGAGAAGCGUUAGGCGGGGACUUGACUGACUCCGUUCUCCAUGACGACCACAGCUCUACUGUGAUGCGGAGUUCCGCAGAGGAGCUUCUUUGUGGCGGGACAGGCACACAGCAUGCGGAUUGGUUUGGGCAUGGUUCUUGCCAUAUCUGCCAGAAUCCAUUUGGAGUGAGACCGCAUGGGAGUGACCCUCACCUGACUGGCCUGUCCAGGGCAGAUGGACUCAGUUUUGUCAGUUUGGUCCUCAGGUUUUUAUUUAUUUAUUUAUUAACUUAUUGUUUUAUCUUAACAUCUUGAAGUGAUUAUUUUUGGUGUCCUUAUUUGUUUUUAUUUUCUUUUGUUUCUCCGUCCCUCCCCUUCCGUCGCUUGUACAGCUUUUACUCAGUAAAUUCUGUUCCAUUGAGUGGACCGUGAUGUGUGUUCAUUUACCAACUGUUCAGCUCCACACUGUCUGGAGAGCUGACACAAGCGUUCAGUUUGAUUCUUUGCUACUGUGUUUUAUGUGUUUUUUUCUUUUGUUUUUUUCCUAUUUGUUUUCUUUUUAGAAACAGAAGGGAGCUUCAGUGACAAAGUACAAAACCAAACGAACUGGUCUAAUUAACCCGUUUCAAUUUCAACCGCAGAAACAUAUCAUCCCUUGCACCCCACAUCCCUCCCUUUACUCCCCAGCCACAAGUUCGACCACAUCACACUCAUGUCUCCAGCAUUGCUUCUCUUUUCAGUUAUUUGUCCUGGUGUUAAGAGUGCAGAGAGCGAGCUCACUUUGCUUGGCUCUGGGACUAAUUCUUUGAUUGCUAUUGCUGUUGGAGAAGACGUGCUCUGACGUCUCACAGGAGGAGAAUCAAAAGGCUUUGAAUCAAUCAUUGGUGCCGUAUGUAUGACGUCACCGGUCACACCAGGGGGUUGGCGGUAACCUGUCCCCCAUUGAUCGCCUCUCCAUCUCCCUCAAUCUCCAGCACUUUGCCCUAAACCCACCGGGAAAAAAAAAGAAAGAAAAACAAUGGAAAAAAACAGCAUGUAAAAAAUGUACCUAUGUUCUUCUCAGUGUGUUCAACAUUGAAAAGCAUUUUUCUCUCUCUCAAAGAGUCCAGAUGCACAUUACUAAGAAGACAGUACAGCAUUUAAAAAAUUACAGUAAGCAAAGCGUCUGUAGCUGGCCUUUCUUUGCAUGACAAGUCAACUGGACACUAGAUUUGGUGUUUCUUUUUUCCUUUUAACCUUUUCAUUUUCUAUUGAAUGCUGGUUAACUGAACCUUUCUCUAUCUAUUUUCUGAGCUUUUUAAGUGCAUAAAAUAUUUUUGUCUCGAGAUUACUAUUAUCAUUAUGAUGACGAUGAAGCUGUGUAUGACUAUAACAGUGAUGAAGAUGAAGGUGACAUAAAAAGUGUUACAGCUAUUCUUUGGCAUGCUUUUUUUUGAGGGGGGGGGCAAAAUCAAGGCUCCUUGUUGUCUUUGCAGGUCCUUUGCAUUGUAGUGUCGAUUGUCAGGGUCUGCAAUAACUUUAUAACCAUGCUUCCUCUCCAGACCAUUUUAAUGUAUAGAUACUUUAAGAUAAAAUGAAAGAUUUGCAGUUCCCAGUAGUACUGCUCGCUAGGGAACUACACCUCCCCCUAAAAAAAAGGCACACUUUGCUGGAAAUGUAAUGCACCGUAAUAGGCAGCAGCAUAGUAAGGCCAUAACUUGACAUCUCGUCAGUGUCUCAAGAAUGCAAGUGUGUGGAUUUGCCAAUCGAGUUAUUUAAUUAUAGACUACACAUGGAUCUGAAGACUCUUUCCCCUUUCUGUGUAGAACUUAAAGAGCUCCUCCAGAAAUGUAGUUUUUUUUUUUUUUUUUAAGUCACUGGCUCAGUAGCUGUUUGUGUCUGAGGAGAUACUCUGAUUACUGUGUUUGUGCAAGAGCUCUGCAGCUGAAUACAAAUUCUUGAAAUUGUAGCUUUCUUGUUAAUGCUGAGAGACCAUCAAGUUUCACAAUUAAGACAAAGCAACAGUGAGUAUGGGGACAUGCCAGUGGGUAGUAUUGCACCUCUUCCAAAACCUAGAUCAGCAAUAUUGCAGCUGCUAUUCUGUAUUUUAUAAUUCUAUAUAAAGUUCUACAUUCUAUAGUUCUAUAUAAAGUCCUGGUCAUCUGCAUUGACAACACUGAGCUAAAACCUCUUUUUUUCCAGUCUGGCAUUUCUUUCACCUUGCUCUUCAGUUUAAAAAAAAAAAAAAAAAGGAGAAAAAAAAAGAACUUGUAUAAAAAUAAAAGUUUCCUCUGAAAGUUGA